GGGGAGGGAAACUCCCACAGUCAAUCCGAGCUGCGCUCCAUCGAACAAUGCUUACUGGCCACGAGGGUGGGCAGCAUCUCUGAACUCAGUGACCUCGUGACCAGAGCCAUGCACCACCUUCAGCCGCUGUACCUGAAGAAUCACAGCAACGGGACCCCACUUCACCACAAGAGCUGCAUGAUUCACUGGGCGCCUGAAGCGAUCUACACACUGUGCUACUUUAUGCACUGCCCGCACAUGGAGUGGGAAAACCCCAACGUUGAGCCCUCCAAGGUUACCUUACAAACAGAGAGGCCGUUUAUUGUGCUGCCGCCCCUGAUGGAGUGGGUGCGAGUGGCUGUGGUCCACACUGAGCACCGGAGAAGCUUAUCGGUGGACAGCGACGAUGUUCGGCAGGCUGCCAGGUUGCUCCUGCCCGGGGUCGACUGCGAGCCGCGCCAGCUCCGAACGGAUGAUUGCUUCUGUGCCUCAAGGAAACUAGAUGCUGCCUCCACUGAGGCAAAGUUCCUGCAGGACUUGGGCUUCCGUAUGCUCAGCUGUGGACGCACGGACCUGGUAAAGCAGGCUGUCAACCUGCUCGGGCCAGAUGGAAUCAACAGCAUGAAUGAGCAGGGGAUGACCCCGCUGAUGUACGCUUGCGUUCGUGGAGACGAGGCCAUGGUACAGAUGCUGCUGGAUGCAGGAGCGGACAUUAACAGUGAGCUGCUGCUGGAUGCCAAAGCUAACGUGGAGGGUUCCCUGCAGGACGGGAUGGAGAACUACACAGAGACCCCGCUGCAGCUGGCGGCCGCUGCAGGUAACUUUGAGCUGGUGAGUUUGCUGCUGGAGCGGGGGGCCGACCCCAUGAUAGGAACCAUGUACCGUAACGGCAUUUCCACGGCUCCACAGGGAGACAUGAACUCCUACAGCCUGGCCGCAGCGCACGGACACAGAAAUGUGUUUCGCAGAUUGUUAUCUCAUACGGAUAAAGGUAAAGGCGACGUGUUGUCGCUGGAAGAGAUUCUGGCCGAAGGUUCAGAGCUAGAGAGUAAAAGCUCAUCUCAAGUUGACCUAAUCCGAAGUGGGAAGGCCAAACUUAAAGCUCUAAAAGAAGCCAUGUACCACAGUGCCGAACACGGACACGUUGACAUCACCAUCGAUAUUCGGAGCCUUGGGGUGCCAUGGACAUUACACACUUGGCUUGAGUCUCUGCGUACGUGUUUCCACCAGCACCGCCGACCUCUGAUCCAAGGUCUUCUCAAAGAGUUCAGCUGCAUUGAGGAAGAGGAGUACACCGAGGAGCUCAUCACGCAUGGCCUGCCUCUGAUGUUUCAGAUCCUCAGGGCCAGCAAGAACGAAGUGAUCAGCCAGCAGCUGUCUGCCAUCUUCACUCAGUGUUAUGGUCCUUAUCCCAUCCCCAAACUGACGGAGAUCAAGAGGAAGCAGACAUCACGACUGGAUCCUCACUUCCUGAACAACAAGGACAUGUCUGAUGUUACCUUUUUGGUUGAGGGGAAACCCUUUUAUGCCCACAAGGUCCUGCUCUUCACAGCAUCAAACCGAUUCAAAACCCUUCUAGCAAACAGACCGUGUGGGGAAAACACAUGCAUUGAAAUCAGCAACGUCAAAUAUCAUAUCUUCCAGCUGGUAAUGCAGUACCUUUACUUUGGAGGAACAGACGCGCUGCACAUCAGGAGCACAGAUAUCAUGGAGCUAUUGUCUGCAGCCAAGUUCUUCCAGCUGGAAGCUCUCCAGAGGCACUGUGAGAUCAUCUGCUCCAAGAACAUCAACAAUGAAACCUGCGUCGAGAUCUACAACCACACAAAGUUUCUGGACGCUCCAGACUUGGCGUCCUACAUAGAAGGCUUCUUCCUGAAGAACAUGGUCAUCUUGAUUGAGCUGGAGCCGUUCAAACAGUUGCUGUACGAUACGCUUCCUGACAGCCCGGGCAGCGACAUCCUGCAGGCCUUGGAGAAAACCCUGGCCAUCCGGAUCCAGUCCAUUCACCUGUCUUCCUCCAAAGGAUCCAUUGUCUGAACUCUUAGAGAUUUUUCCAUAGCUUAAGAGCAAACAUUUUUUAUUUCGAGCAGCAUUUUUAUUUAUUUUUUAGUCCUAGUUUAAAAUGCAACGCACCCCUCGAAACUCUAUAAGUUACGAUCAACUGCUUUCUUACAAAGAUGCUCGGCUCUCCCUCAAGGCUAUCUUUCUGCGCUCAGAUUGAAUAUUCCUUGUACAAAUGUUGCUUCCCCAUGUUUGCAUAUAUCAUCAUCAUGUUUAUCUGUUAUUGCAACUUUUGUAGAUUUCAGUGAAAUUUGUCCUCUAACACUGUGCGGCGCCCGGGGAGCAUUCUGCAGCUAACGGUUUUGCUAAGUGCCAGAGAGUGGCAGUCUGUGGGAUCUGAACUGGGGAACUUGCAGCUUCCCUACAGCGCCCUUCUCUAAGCCACCAUCUCGAGCUUAAACCUUCUCCCUGUGCAGGACAAACAUGCAAACUCAAGUCCUUCCUUUUGAUUCUUCUUGCUCUCUCGUGGCUCGAAGCAGUGACUCUGCGGUGUUCCAGCAUCAUCCAGCGUAUGAAAAACAAGAGCGUCCCAAAGAGGGUGGUGAAAUCACUUUCGCGCGCCGUUCUUCUAUUGGCUGGAACUGUUAAUAGAUGAAGUUGUCCCAAGCAGAGAGGAAAGACUUGAGAGAGUCUGAGCGAGAGGAAAGGGAGGCGAACGGGAGGGGAGAAUAUCUGUGCGAGAAACGUUAAAUGUGAGUGCAGAAAACGUAGUAUGGAGGCUGAGCGGAGCACAUUUUUAAGCAAGCGUUGUAGUUUCUGAGUGUGAGAGGGCGAGCUUAACGUCGCUGACUGAUCGUUAAGGAAUCUUGUUCCUAAAUUGAAAAUGCAUUCUCGUUUAUUUUGGGGAGAAAAAAAACAAAACAAACGUUUUCAGGCUCUCCUGAACUUUUUUUGAACCCAGAAGCGGGGAUGAUUGAUAGUAGAAAGAUCAGAGACACAAAACAAAGCAUCUGCGUGCUUAGAUCAUUUCCAGUUAAAAAAAAAAGGAAACCUGGAAGUGACAGACCUUUCAUGUUAUACUCUUUGAUCUUCAUCCGUCGCUAACAUUCUGCUUUUUUUUUUUUUUUAUAUCCUAGCACAGAUGGUAACAAGCCUGUUUACCUUGUUGAUAUACGUCUACUAACUCGUCUGUCAAAUGGUAGUUGUAUUAAACCUCAACUUGCCAAUAGCAAAUCAAACGCAUUUGUGAGAGCUUCUGAACACACGGCUCGAUAGGCAACGUCUACAUAAUGUGAUAAGCCAUCAGAAUAUCCCUAUAUAUGAGGAAGAACCACUGCCUCGUCAUUUUGUGAUUGUUCGCUGAAAUAUUACAACCUGUACAGAGAGGAUCAUUUGUAUAUUUAUGUGUUAGAUCUGUUCAGAUUACCCUGUAAAGCCAAACAAAUCUAGAAAAAGACAAAAAAAUAUAUAAAAAUAACGAUGUGACUGAAGAAACGGGACUGGGGAAAGAGGAAUUUUCUGUCCUCAAUUGCUUUGUACAUUUUGUUGAUAAAUCAGAGAUAUUGACGAUGUAAGUUAUUGUAUAUACCCACAUAUUUUUUCUCAUGUGUCUUACUAUUAGAUAUUGCUGUAAAAAAAAAAAGGAAGAAAUUUGUUCAUCUUAUAAACAUAAAUGUCUAUAAGUGUUGCAUGUCCGAACUUAAGGAGCAGUUUCACGGUUGGGCAAUCGUCUUCUGUCAUUGGCUUGGGUCACGAUUAAUGUGUCGCAGUGAAAUAAUGUCUUUGUUUUGUUUCCGAGAAGCUGCAGGGGUGUUUAUUUGAACAAUAUACUACAGCCGGGUUUUUUUUUUUUUUUUUUCAUUCCCAGAGAAUUUUCUCUUAACUUCAUCUGCCGCGGGCCCUUAUCUUUGAUUCUGUGUGAAGAGGAGUUUUUGAGGGCAGCCCUGUUGUUAUUUUGUUCUCUGCAGCAAAAAGGUCAGCUCUCAGCUGGUAGCAGGUUUAAUGUACGAUCCGGCAGUUAUCAUAGCCUGCAACCCGUGACAAAAAUAAAGAAAUUAAACACUUCA